AUGGCGAACGUAUACUUCCUAGUGUCAAUCUAUGCCAUCCUCACUUUUAUCACUAAUUUUCCAUCCGGAUUCACGAACUCUACAGUAAACACUGCUAUUUCUCAGCUGAGGAGCUUCAUCAAUGACUCCUACAUACACCGAGGUAUUAACCUAUCAGCAGCUCAAAUGCUCUUUGUACAGUCGGCUGUUAUGAACUGCUGGUUUGUAGCUCAAGUGUUCGGGUCUCUCUACACUCCAUGGGUUAUGGAUAGGCUAGGCAGGAGAAAGGGAUACAUGAUUGCUGUAUUAAUGACAUUGAUAGCGACCGCAGUUCAAUACUUUUCGAUCCUCUACAAAUAUCCAGAAAUGUUGAUUGUGGGAAGAACCAUCGCAGCUCUUUCUAGUCCAAUCGCUGACACUAGCUUGAUGCUUUACAUGCAGGAAACCUCUCCAAUUCAUUUGCGAGGAAUGGCUUCCUUUUUCUGCGAGAUUGGAUAUGGUGCCAUGUGUGCUUUAGGCGGAGUUCUCGGAAUGAGAAACGUCUUAGGAUAUGAUUUUGCACUUCUUAUUUUAAUUGCUGCCAUUCCUGAAGCUCUCUCUCUAGUUUUCUUGUUCUUCAUCCCGGAGACUCCAAAGUACUUAUUGAUAACCAAGGGCGACCGUCGUUCUGCAGAGCGAUCUUUGGAAUUCUUCCAAGGGAAACAAGAAGACAAUGAACUUAUUUUAGACGAAUAUGAAAAAGAGAAAGAGUUGGACAAUGUUAACAAAAAGAGAUCUUCGUUCAAAGAAGUAUUCACAACCUGGCACUUACGUGAAGCUAUCUACAUCACAACUGCCGUUUCUGUGCUAUCACUCGCUUUCUUCCCAAUUCUUCAAUCUUCAACAUUCUUCUUUUUCGAAUGUGGCAUAAGCAGAAAUCAUGCUGAACUAUCUACUACAAUUCUCCUAGUCGUUUUUACAAUUGCAUGCGUUGCUGGAGCCUCUUUCGUGGACAAAUUUCCAAGACGUCUUCUCAUUAUUGUGUUCGGAACAAUCUCCACGGUUUUCCUUUUAUGUUUUGCAAUCAGCUCAAUGUGCACUGAAAUGGCGGACUGGGUCAAAUUCUUCGCUGUUGGGUGCAUCAUUGCGUUCUGCAUUUCACAUGGCCUUGUGAUGGGACCUAUUACUUGGUUUAUCGCUCCGGAAAUGGUUAGUCAGCGUCACAAAGCAACAGUUUUCGCUGCUUCAUUUGCAAUCAGCAAUAUUUUGAUCUCAAUCACGGAUUUCAUUAUUAUCCCACUAUUCAAACACAUUGGUGGACUGUCUUUCAUUUUGGUUUUCGUCAUCCCCUCUACGUUCAGUUUGAUUUAUCUAUACCUUUACCUUCCUGAAACUAGAGGCCGUCAAACUCAUCAAAUAAUCGCCUCGAUGAUGAGGAAAAACAAAAAAGUUGCUACUAAUACUGACGGCACUGGUUAUAAAGUUUUCGAUGUGAGCAGCACUGUAGGAGAACCAGUCAAAGUUUGA